UGAACAUAUCGGAACCAUUUGCGCGAACGCACCACACUCGCUGACGAUCAGUCGUAGUGAGCGUAUCGUGUUAGGUACUCCCGUGAAACCUCCCGUAUCUCGCUAUCUUCGCGUGCCAGCGUUUCAGUCUGAUCUAGCAGCCAUUCUUGCCGUUGCGUGUUCCAGUGCUACUUAAGAUUCAACGUGACAGUUUCAAUCGUGUUGAGUGAUUUUUGCGCAGUGUGGUGAAAUUAUAUAAAAAAACACCAAACAUAUUUGAAACCUGCCCCAUCAUGGAGGUUAUUUUCUCUAUCAAUGCGAAACCUUAUCAAAUUAACUCGAAGAGUGUACCGGUGGAUACCUCUCUGAACACCUUCAUCCGGAACCAUGCCCACCUGACUGGAACCAAGUUCAUGUGCCUCGAGGGAGGCUGUGGCGCUUGUGUGGUUAACCUGAGCGGAGUACAUCCGGUGUCCGGAGAGCCCUUCUCCUACGCUGUUAACUCGUGCCUGUUUCCGGUGCUCGCUUGCCAUGGAAUGGACAUCACCACGGUCGAGGGAAUCGGUGGCAAGCAGCGGGGCUAUCACGCCACCCAGAAGCUACUGGCGCACUUCAACGGUACCCAGUGUGGAUACUGCUCCCCCGGCAUGGUCAUGAACAUGUACAGCCUGCUGGAGACUAAGAAGGGAAAGGUCACCAUGGAGGAGAUCGAGAACUCGUUCGGUGGUAACAUCUGCCGCUGCACCGGUUACCGUCCUAUCCUGGACGCGUUCAAGGCGUUGGCCGUCGAUGCCGAUCCCAAGAUCAAGGAGAAGUGUCAGGACAUUGAGGACCUUACCAAGAUUUGUCCCAAGACCGGUUCGGCUUGUGGCGGCAAGUGUUCCGCCGCUGGGAAAAUCAACCCCAACAAGGGGCUGCAUCUGAGCUUCGAUGAGCAGAAGGAAUGGCACAAGGUGUACAACGUAAGCGACAUCUUCGCCAUCUUCGAGAGCAUUGGAGAUAAACCGUAUACGCUCAUCGGAGGUAACACCGCCCAUGGAGUGUACCGGCGCAACGAUGCGAUCAAAGUCUUUAUCGACAUCAAUGCUGUGCAAGAGCUGCGUGCUAGCUCGGUUGGAAGCUCCUUAACUGUCGGAGCUGGAACGUCCUUGACCGAGCUGAUGGAUUUGCUGGCCUUUGCGGCCAAGCAAAACAAAAGCUUCUCCUACUUCGAACACCUGAUUCGCCAUAUUGACUUGAUCGCCAACGUGCCGGUGCGAAACACCGGAACGAUCGCCGGCAAUCUUAGCAUCAAAAACCAACAUCCUGAGUUCCCGUCCGACCUUUAUCUUAUCUUGGAAGCUGCUGACGCGAAGUUGACCAUCUUGGAGUCCAAGGGAAAAACAUCCACCGUUCGUCCCUCCGAGUAUGUCACUCUGGAUAUGAGGAACAAGCUGCUCCUCAACGUUAUCCUUCCUCCGCUGGAUCCCUCCAUUUUCGUCUACCGUUCGUUCAAGAUCAUGCCACGUGCCCAGAAUGCUCACGCAUACGUGAACGGAGCAUUCCUGAUCAAGCUGGACGGAUCGAAUACCGUCUCGAGCAACAUUUGCUUCGGUGGAAUAGACCCUCACUUUACGCAUGCGAUCAAAACGGAAGAGUUCCUCAAGGGUAAGAACCUGCUUACGAAUGAAACCAUUCAAGGAGCUCUGAAGAUCCUGGCAGCGGAGCUGAACCCCGACUGGGUGCUUCCGGACGCUGCACCAGAAUACCGGAAAAAUCUGGCACUGUCACUGUUCUACAAGUUCGUGCUUAACAUUGCACCGGAACUGAAAGCAUCCGUUAAAGAUGAGUUCAAAUCGGGAGGAUCCGUUCUCGAUCGUCCACUCUCGUCCGGAACACAAUCGUUCGACACGAUCAAGGAGAAUUGGCCCCUAACGAAGAACAUCCCCAAGAUUGAAGGUUUACUGCAAACCUCGGGCGAAGCGAAGUAUGCCAACGAUUUGCCAAUGUUCCCGAACGAGCUGUACGCGGCCUUUGUCCUGGGAACGGAAUCACAGACGAAGAUAACGAACAUUGAUGCCUCGGAAGCGCUGAAACUGCCCGGCGUUGUUGCCUUCUACUCGGCGAAGGAUAUCCCUGGUGCAAACAAUUUCAUGUACUUCAAAGGAUUCAUGGGCCCGCACGAUGAGGAAAUCUUCUGCAGCGAGAAAGUUAUCUAUCACGGACAGCCGGUCGGUCUGGUCGUCGCCAAUACCUUCAAUCUGGCCAAUCGUGCUGCCAAGCUCGUGAAGGUGCAGUACGAAACAAGGUCCUCGAAACGGUAUCCUACCGUGAAGGAUGUGCUGCGUGCCAAGGCUACCGAUCGGUUGAAUGACAUGCCGUACAGUACGUUGGGCGAGGAGUUUGAAGCUGCCCCGAACGGUGCGAUCAAGGUGAAGGGAUGCUUUGAAAUCGGUGGCCAGUAUCACUACACGAUGGAGACGCAAACAGCCGUCUGCAUUCCGAUCGAGGACGGUAUGGACGUGUACUCGGCUACGCAGUGGAUCGAUUUUACGCAGAUUGCCAUUUCCAAGAUGCUGAAUGUGCCGGAGAACAGCCUCAAUCUGUACGUGCGUCGUCUUGGCGGCGGAUACGGAAGCAAGGGUACCCGGGCUACGUUGAUAGCUUGUGCGGCCGCUCUAGCAGCUCACAAGACUCAGCGACCGGUGCGUCUGGUGAUGACGCUCGAGGCUAACAUGGAAGCCAUUGGCAAGCGUUACGGCGUCGUCUCCAACUACGAGGUGGACGUGGAAAAGGAUGGCAAAAUUACCAAGCUGUACAACGAGUACGUGCACGACUUUGGCUCGUGCCUGAACGAGUCGAUGGGCCACUGUGCCGAGUUCUUCCGAAACUGCUACGAUAAUAAGGCUUGGAAGACGGUCGCCAAGGGUGCUAUAACGGAUUCGGCCAGUAACACCUGGUGCCGUGCGCCGGGCACAACGGAAGGUAUUGCCAUGGUGGAAACCAUCAUGGAGCAUGUCGCUCAUGCGACCGGACUGGACCCGCUGGACGUGCGCAUGGCGAACAUGCCGAAGGAUUUGAAGAUGUGCGAGCUUAUGCCCGAGUUUCGGGCCGAUGUCGAGUACGAUUCGCGCAAGCAGGAAAUCGAGCAGUUCAAUCGUGAGAACCGCUGGAGAAAGCGUGGCAUUGCCAUCACACCGAUGCGCUACCCGUUGGGCUACUUCGGAACGAUCCAUGCGCUUGUGUCGAUCUACCACACGGACGGUACGGUGGUCAUCACGCACGGUGGCAUCGAAAUGGGUCAGGGUAUGAACACGAAGGUCGCGCAGGUCGCGGCCUACGUACUAGGGAUUCCGAUGGAAAAGAUUAGCAUCAAACCGUCAGCCAAUAUGACGUCACCGAACGCUAUCUGUACCGGUGGAAGCAUGACCAGCGAGACCGUGUCGUUUGCAGUUAAGAAGGCGUGCGAGAUUCUGCUGGAACGCAUGAAGCCGAUCCGGGACGAGAUGAAGGACGCAUCUUGGGAAACGAUCGUCGAGAAUAGUUACUACAAGAACGUGGACCUCUGUGCGACGUACAUGUACAAGGCGUCCGAUCUGGAGGCUUACAUCAUCUGGGGUUUAACCUGCACCGAGGUAGAAAUCGACGUGCUGACCGGCAAUGUACAGCUGCGCCGUGUUGACAUACUGGAGGAUACGGGCGAAAGCUUGAGCCCCGGCAUCGACGUUGGCCAGGUCGAGGGUGCAUUUAUUAUGGGCGUUGGCUACUACUUGACCGAGGCACUGAUCUACGAUCCGCACACGGGUGCCCUACUAACGAACCGCACCUGGACGUACAAACCGCCGGGAGCGAAGGACAUCCCGGUGGAUUUCCGGGUGCGAUUCCUGCAGAAGAGCUCCAACGCAACGGGAGUGCUACGCUCCAAGGCAACGGGUGAGCCGGCCAUGAACAUGACCGUGUCGGUGCUUUGUGCACUGCGCAACGCAGUGGUGGCGGCACGUACCGAUGCCGGUUUGCCGAACGAAUGGGUACAGCUGGGUGCUCCGUCCACACCGGAUCAGGUGUAUCUGAUGGCGGGUAACUCUGUAGAACAGUAUCUGUUGAAUUAAUCGUACAUCACCAAAGACAAAAAAGGUGCUUUUAUUCACAUGGAGACUGUUAAAUGUUCUCCUAACGAUUUUUUGUAAUCAAAUGUAAGCAUUACCAUUAGGUGUGGACUGUUGGGAUAGAUGUAUAGAAUAGAAAAUAUAUACAAAUGCUAAUAAAUAUCUGCUUGUGUCUUCCA